CAUUUUGUCUGUCGACGGGGUUCCGGAAAUAUGGUCGCAGAAGCGGUAUUCCACGGUUAUAGCGAGCUUCAGUGCCAACAACCGCAGCGCAGAAGACGAAUUUAUUGGUUGUCUCGUUUCUCCUAUUCUUCGGACAACGUUUGCGUGGUAUUAUCACGUAUGAUGAUUUUUGGGCACAGAGAGAUAGAUGCGUGCGGUGCGUGGGUAGGAAAUCUAGGCUAGUGCUGGC